CUGUCUAGCAUCUUGACCGUGCACAUCGCGCGGAAGACAUCCAGAGUACAAAACUCGGAUUGCAAAGUUUCGUUGCGUAAGACAGAUCUCCCCUCAGUUUCAUCCUGCCUCUUUACUCAAAUUCUCCCAGCACGUUGGCUCGUCGCAGCAGGUUCGACCCAAGUGCGAACAGCCUCUAGACACUCAACAACAGGCCAUACGCGCCUCUGAAAGCAGAGCAAAAAUGCCUACAGCCAUGUCCUCCCAGUCGCCCUCCCUUGACUCUAUCCUGCAUACCCUCCAACAAUCUCUAAGUCACAAUGACCCGUCUCAAGCGCAGUCACAGUUACAAAAAGCGAAGCUCGCCCUCCUACAACAGAAUGCCUUGAUACCCUCUACUCAAACGCCCCCACAGACAUUAGCGACUGCUCGUUCAAUAUUGGAAGCUGGCGCUCUCCUCUCUAUUCGAUCAAGAGACCCCGAAUCCUUCGUCAGAUACUACUCCCAGCUACAACCAUUCUACGACUUUCCCGGUCUAUCACAGACACCUUCCCGAGAGCGAUCAAAAAUCACGGGACUGUACCUGCUUCUGUUACUCAGCCAGGGUGACUACGCUGGCUUUCACACCCUCCUGGAAUCUCUGAUCGUCGCGGAAGGGGCGAAUGGGUCCUCGAGCGUGGAGGCCGAUCCGUACAUCAAAUACCCCAUGGAAUUGGAGAGGAAUCUUAUGGAAGGUAGCUACGACCAGGUCUGGCGAAAGACGAAUGGGCGGGACGUGCCAGGCGAAGAGUUCGGGUUGUUUUCAGACAUCCUCAUCAAUACAAUCCGUGUCGAAAUUGCCUCUUGCGCCGCCCGCUCCUAUCCGUCUCUUCCUAUUGCUUCAGCCAAGAACCUCCUCUUUCUAGAGUCUGAAGGUGCGGUAAUGGAAUUCGCUCGCGAGCAGGGCUGGAGUCUAGAAGAAGGGAGGAUACACUUCCCCGGCUUGGAGGCAGCGAAGAAGGCGGAGGAAGGAGAUGAGAAGGAGGUGAUUAAUCACAUGGUUGAGUAUGCAAGAGAAUUGGAAAGCAUCGUUUGAACGCUGUCUGAGAGCCUGGGGGUUUGCAGAUCAAGCGGGAUGCAUAAUGUACUCGUACUCAAGGGCGCAAUCUUGCACAGGAUGGUGGCAUGGGUUGAGACCGUGGACAAGAGCGCACAGACUGAAAACCGCAGGAACAUCAGGUCUCUGGUGUAUGGGCUUCUGACCUUGCUUUACGCGGCUUGACCUUACUCCUGAGCUUCUCUCCUUCCCUCGCACAACCUCCGCCAGCACCUGCUACGCUCUGCCCGAUGAUUCAGGUUGGAGACAUAUCAAGAUGGUUUCCAUCAGUCUGGCUCUUCUCAGCACGACUGGCCCCCUUAUCACUGGUGCUGUAUCUUGAAAUCAUCCGCAAACUUCCACGUGCAUAUCUUCAUGUCAUAGAAACUGGUACUGACAAUCGUGUAUUCCGGUGCUACCUUUGCCGGGCUCUCUCCUCGCG